AUGAAAACGCGAGUUUCUGAUGUCGUUUCUGCAAAGCCAAAAUUUGGAAUUCCUCCUUAUGCCGAUAUAUCGCCCAAGGCAGGCGAUAUAUCGCCUAAAGCAAAGCUAUUUACAGAAGAGGAGCUUCAAAGAGCAUCUGAUAACUAUAAUCAAAGUCGUUUUCUUGGUCAAGGAGGCUAUGGAGCAGUCUAUAAAGGGAUGUUACCUGAUGGUACUCUAGUUGCUGUGAAAAGGUCAAAUGCAAUGGAUGGAAAUCAGAUUCAACAAUUCAUCAACGAAAUCCUCAUUCUAUCACAGAUUAACCAUCGAAACAUAGUGAAACUACUCGGUUGUUGUUUGGAAACUGAGACUCCUUUACUUGUAUACGAGUAUAUCUCUAAUGGGACACUCUUAUAUCACAUCCAAAAACAUGAACCAAAGCUUUCCUGGGAGAACAGAUUAAGCAUUGCUUGUGAUGUUGCAGGAGCUUUAUCAUACAUGCACUUUUCAGCCUCAAUGCCUAUUUUUCAUAGGGACAUAAAAUCUUCCAAUGUACUUUUGGAUGAAAAGUACAAUGCCAAAGUCUCUGAUUUUGGAACUUCAAGAUCAGUGCCGGAACACAAAACUCACUUGAGCACAGCAGUACAAGGAACUUUCGGGUAUAUGGAUCCAGAGUACUUCCAAUCAAGCAAAUUCACAGACAAAAGUGAUGUCUACAGCUUCGGCGUUAUACUUGUUGAGUUGCUAUCCGGAAAAACUCCAUAUUCUUUUGCGAAAGACAAAGAUAAGAAUCUGGUUUCAAAUUUUCUGUCAUUAAGGAAUGAAAAUUCUCUUUCCCAAAUUUUAGAUCCUCAAGUGAUUAAAGAUGCACCUAAGAAGCAUGUUGCAGCAAUGGCAGAGCUAGCAAUGAGAUGUUUGAGGUUGAGUGGGAAGAAGAGGCCUACAAUGAAACAAGUACUAAUGGAAUUAGAAGGUCUGAGGGAAAGAAAAAGUGUUGUCAUGGAAAUGGUGGACGAAGAAGAACCUGAAUUUUUCAGAGAUGAAGAAAAGUACCGGUGUAUGAAUACAGCCAGUAGUUAUACCAUACAAGACACUAUAAAGGAUCAGAGUAUUGAUCAAAUAUCAAUAGUCAAUAUAUAACUUUUUGUAUUUUCAAACUUUUGUAAGUUCUGGUUAUGGAGGUGAUCAAUUCUGCAAGACAUUUGUGUGUGUAUA